AUGUGGGAAUAUGGAUGUGUAUUAUUGCCAUUGCAUUUUGGAACCUGGGAGUUUAAAUUAUUUAUUGCUCUUUGCCUUCUUAUUAUACUGAAAAUCUGGGGAUGCUUGGUUUUGGGUCUCAAGUUGUCCAAUGUUUCCAAGAACUAUUUUCCCAAACAAAGUACAAAGAAGCUUCAGAACUUGCCGCCGAGUCCCCCCAAGGAAUCCUCCGAACACCAGACAGUUGCCAAAUUCCAGAAGAACCUGAUCUGUGAGGCAACGACUUUUCUAUUAGAUGUUUUGAAGCCAAAUCUUCCUGAACAUAGUUUCCUUCAAACAAAGAGUCUUUCAGCAAUGAGUACUUCUGGCUCAUCUUUUGCACAUCAUUUUGAUGCAAAGAUGAAGGGAUGAAGAACGAUUGAUUUAGGUACUUAUAUUGUUGUUUUCUAUUCGAAAUUAUAAUCCUAAUUUAGUGGCAAAGGUAAAUAGUUUGAUGGUAGAUUAUAAGAUUAAUUCCGUAUUAUUAUUUUUUUUAUCUGAUAUCAUAUAUUCUUCGAUGAUGAAGGGUAGCUAAAAACUUUAUGCUAACAACUUUUAAUAAAUAUAUUAUGCCAAACUAACUGUG